UUUCUCUAUUAGGGGAGGAGCCCGUCCUGGCACUCCCAUUGGCCUGUAGAUUCACCUCCCCUGGGCAGGGCCCCAGGACCCAGGAUAAUACCUGUGCCUUCCUGCCCAGAACCCUCCAAGCAGACACGAUGGUAAGAAUGGUACCUGUCCUGCUGUCUCUGCUGCUCCUUCUGGAUCCUGCUGUCCCCCAGGAGACCCAAGAUGGUCGUUACUCUCUGACCUAUAUCUACACUGGGCUGUCCAAGCUUGUUGAAGACAUCCCCCAGUUUCAGGCCCUUGGCUCACUCAAUGACCUCCAGUUCUUUAGAUACAACAGUAAAGACAGGAAGUCUCAGCCUGUGGGACUCUGGAGACAGGUGGAAGGAAUGGAGGAUUGGAAGCAGGACAGCCAACUUCAGAAGGCCAGGGAGGACAUCUUUAUGGAGACCCUGAAUGACAUCGUGAAGUAUUACAACGACAGUAAUGGGUCUCACAACUUGCAUGGAAGGUUCGGUUGUGAGAUCGAGAAUAACAGAAGCAGUGGAUCAUUCUGGAAGUAUUACUACGAUGGAAAGGAUUACAUUGAAUUCAACAAAGAGAUCCCAGCCUGGGUUGCCUUGGAUCCAGCAGCCCAGAUCACCAAGCAGAAGUGGGAGGCAGAACCAGUCUACGUGCAGCGGGCCAAGGCUUACCUGGAGGAGGAGUGCCCUGCGACUCUGCGGAAAUACCUGAAAUACAGCAAAAAUAUCCUGGACCGGCAAGAUCCUCCCUCUGUGGUGGUCACCAGCUACCAGGCCCCAGGGGAAAAGAAGAAACUGAAGUGCCUGGCCUACGACUUCUACCCAGGGAAAAUUGAUGUGCACUGGACUCGGGACGGCAAGGUGCAGGAGCCUGAGCUACGGGGAAAUGUUCUUCACAAUGAAAAUGGCACUUACCAGUCCUGGGUUGUGGUGACCGUGCCCCCCCAGGACACAGCCCCCUACUCCUGCCAUGUGCAGCACAGCAGCCUGGCCCAGCCCCUGGUGGUGCCUGGGGAGGCCAGGUAGGAAGCAAGGGCUGGAGGCAAUGUGGGAUCUCAGCCCCAGUAGCUGCCUUUCCUGCCUGACGUGGGAGCUGAACCACAGAAAUCACCGUCAAUGGAUCCUAAGGCCUGAGGAGCAGUGUGGGGAGACAGACAGGAGGUGGAUUUGGAGACCGAAGACUGGGAUGCCUGUCCUGAGCAGACCUGGACCCAAAAAAUCAUCUCACCUUGAGCCCACCCCCACCCCAUUAUCUAAUCUGUAGAAGUUAAUAAAUAAUCGUCCCUCCUUGACUAACAUAA